AUGUUGGACAUGGGAGAUAGGAAAGAGGUGAAAAUGAUCCCAAAGUCCUCCUUCAGCAUUAACAGCUUGGUGCCUGAGGCAGUGCAGAGCGACAACCACCACGCGGGCCACGGCCACCACAACAGCCACCACCCUCCGCCCCACCAUCACCACCACCACGGCCACCACCACCACCAUCACCCGCCGCCUCCACCUCCUCCCCAGCAGCAGCAACCUCCUCAGCAACAGCAACAGCAGCAGCACCCCCCGCCACCCCAACCCCCUCAGGCCCCCCAGGCGCGCAGCGCCCCAGCCGAUGACGAUGAGGAUAAGGGACCCCAGCAGCUCCUGCUUCCUCCACCCCCUCAGGGGGCCGCUUCGGCUGCUACCGCCUCGGCAGCCCUAGACGGGGCCAAAGCUGAUGGGCUUGGGGGCAAGGGUGAACCCGGCGGCGGAGGUGGCGGUGGGGCCGGAGACUUGGCCCCGGUUGGGCAGGAGGAGAAGGAGAAAGGGUCUGGAGGGGAGGAGAAGAAGGGGGCGGGUGAGGGCGGCAAGGACGGGGAGGGGGGCAAGGAAGGGGAGAAGAAGAACGGCAAGUAUGAGAAGCCGCCCUUCAGUUAUAAUGCCCUGAUCAUGAUGGCCAUCCGCCAGAGCCCAGAGAAGCGCCUCACCCUCAACGGCAUCUACGAAUUCAUCAUGAAGAACUUUCCUUACUACCGGGAGAACAAGCAGGGCUGGCAAAACUCCAUCCGCCACAAUCUGUCCCUGAACAAGUGCUUCGUCAAGGUACCCCGCCACUACGACGACCCGGGCAAAGGGAACUAUUGGAUGCUGGACCCUUCAAGCGACGACGUGUUCAUCGGGGGCACGACUGGUAAAUUGCGCCGGAGAUCUACGACGUCCCGGGCUAAGUUGGCCUUCAAACGCGGGGCUAGGCUCACCUCCACCGGACUGACCUUCAUGGAUCGGGCAGGUUCUUUGUACUGGCCUAUGUCUCCUUUCCUAUCCCUGCACCACCCCCGGGCUAGCAGCACUUUGAGUUACAAUGGAACCACAUCCGCUUACCCCAGCCACCCCAUGCCCUACAGCUCCGUGUUGACUCAGAACUCGCUGGGCAACAACCACUCUUUUUCCACUUCCAAUGGGUUAAGUGUUGAUAGACUCGUCAACGGGGAGAUCCCUUAUGCCACGCAUCACCUUACGGCCGCUGCCCUGGCAGCCUCUGUGCCCUGCGGUCUGUCUGUCCCCUGCUCCGGGACCUAUUCCCUAAACCCUUGCUCCGUCAAUCUGCUGGCGGGACAGACAAGUUACUUUUUCCCCCAUGUCCCUCACCCUUCAAUGACUUCUCAAAGCAGCACUUCAAUGACCGCCCGGGCCGCUUCCUCCUCCACGUCUCCGCAGGCGCCCUCCACCCUGCCCUGUGAGUCUUUAAGACCCUCUUUGCCAAGUUUUACAACGGGACUGUCUGGAGGACUUUCUGAUUAUUUCACACAUCAAAAUCAGGGGUCUUCUUCCAACCCUUUAAUACAUUAA